AUGCAAGCACAACAGGAAAUAACACAUCCUAUCGGCGUGCAUUUGCUGUUAGUUAAUAACCGACUAGAGACGUUAUCAAAGAGGACACACUUUACUAAAGGGCAAAUAAUUGUUUGUUCAAUAUGUUUUUUUUUCAUUCUUUUGGGACAGUUCAUGAAUAAAUUUUCACCUAUUGAAACUAUCGAAAAUUAUUUCACGUCACCUGGUAAUAUAGUAAACACAUACUAUGUCAAGAAGGGUUGGUUCUGGACGAUUGCCAUCUACUUUUGUGUUUCCUUUAGAUAUUACAGUAAGGAAACCGUCAAUAAAAAACUACUGAUAAGAUCUCUCCUAAGAGUCUUUUUCUUCACUAUUUGUUGGUUUUUUUUCACACAAUGGUUUUUUGGUGCUCCCAUCAUGGACAAGGUAUUUGUUUGGACCGGGGGCCAAUGCGUUAAUGUCAAUCAAGAUAAAAUACCCGAUGCCCUUAAACGCUAUUUCAAGGUUUCGGCUGACAUAGCGCCAGACCUUUUUCAAUCAACAGCGGUUUCUUCUGCCACAUGCAGACUUUUAAAAGGUAAUUGGGAUGGAGGUCAUGAUCCAUCUGGCCAUGUUUUUUUACUCACAUUGAGUGUCAUUAUUCUAAUACUAGAGUCCUUGGAGUUGUUUUCGCUUGAUGAAAGUUACGUGAGCCCUUUAGAUAAGGCGUUUUCUUGGAAGGAAUUCUUUCUCCAUCCAUUGAUAAUUUUGGGCUUAGCCAUAACUUUGGAACUUACGAUGUUUUUAAUGACCAUAAUAAGAUACCACAGUUUUGUUGAACAGUUAGGAGGGUUUGCGUUUGCAUUUUUGGCUGUUUGGCUGGUUAAUAAAGUCACCGAAAUAACGCAGAAACAGCUCAGAGUUUGA